AUGCGCUUCAUCAUCAUGCUAGGAAUGGCCAUCGGCUUAGCCUCGGCCGCCGCCAUGACGCCGAUUGAGCGCCGGCAGUGCUCGACGCAGCGCGACGGGUGCUGCCUCAAGCAGGGCCACUGCGAAACGUGCUACUUGGGCGAGGAGCCGUACGACUGCAACUGCGAAUGCCUCGAGCGCGGCCUCUGCCCCUGCACCGGCUGGUACGGAAAGACGGGCGAGUGCUUCAGCUGGUACUCCCCAGACGGUCAUCGCUUAGCAAGCGCACUCAUUUAUGCUCUUGGCGGCUUCAUCAUGAGAUUCUCCGCGGCGCUGUUGAAAGCGCCACUGCCGCAGCCGGCCUUCCCUGCCCAGGCCGCAGCCGAGGGCCUAACAAUCGGGUCCGACGCCGACAUCAAGCUUACCGCCAAGACCCUCACUUACUACAAGGCGUCGCCCGGGCCGGGCCAGAUCCUUGGCGUGCGGCCCGGUCCGCCGCCUUCGGGCUACUACGACUACCACUUGGUGGACCUCCUCCGGCGUCCCUCAUCAACUACUGGCAUUCCACCGGCCCCGCCACGCACGAAUACGACGUCGUCAUGCGCGGCGCUGCCCCUUCCAGACCGGUUGGUGCCUUAUCUGACGGCGCCCGCGUCUCGCAAGACUGCAGCCAAAGCUUCCAAAAUCGAGUUCAGCUACACCGGCGGCCUCUUCAAAGACGGCGCCGCCCACGAGCCAGCCGGCACCUGCACCACUGCAAUCAUCUUCGUGCAAAGGCUUACCAACACCGCCCAGCUCGCCCGCACAUUGGCGACGCCGUGCUCCCCCGUUCUCAAGACAUCAGCCGCGGCGGUCGUUCCAGCCGUGCAGCGAUAG